ACACAGUCUCGAAAAACACAUAUUUUUAGAGUUUUAACAGUACUACGCAAGUAGAAAAAAAUUAUAAAUAAUUGUAAGUACCUACUAAAAUUAUCAAUUUAAUAAAUUUUGCUAUCUCUUUUUCAGUCAUAUAUUAGCGAGAUGUCACAAAUGAAACUAAAACAUUUUCUGAUCUUACUUAUGCUAAUUUUGAAGACGUCUACUAGUUUUCGUUGUGACCGUCGACCUUACGGAUCUACGUCUUUAGCGUCUCCUUCAGAUGGCCGAUUUCAGUUAAAUAUUAUCGGCACUGACGACACCUACCUACCGGAAGAAGUUUAUACUAUUCAAAUUACAAGAACGGAUGAUGAAUCUGAAUUUACGGCGUUUAUGCUGUCGGCUGAAGGUGAUCUAAAGCAGGAUCCGAGAAAUCCAAGGCGGCUUUUGGCCCAAAAUCCAGGUGAAUUGAGACCGCAAGGCCAAGCAACAGGGAAGUAUAGUGACCGUUGUCUGUAUUCUGUGGAGCAAGCCAGCUAUAACACGAAGUCUUCUGUAGAGGUGUAUUGGGAGGCUCCCCCAGCAGGUAGCGGCUGCGUGACCAUCCGAGCUAUGGUGGCAGAAAGCCAGGAGGUCUGGUUCGAAGACGGAGCGCCACUGACUCGUAAACUGUGCGAGGACAUGCGCCAACCAGACGAUGUGUCUCCGAACUUAAACUACGAAUGUAACAUCUGUGAUGAGGCUAAAUAUCAGGUUACGUUUACCGGUAUCUGGUCUCGUAACAUUCAUCCGCGACUGUACCCAGAAAGCGACUGGUUGCCGCGUUACAGUGACUUAAUCGGCGCCUCUCAUGCGACUGAUUUCGUGCUUUGGGCGCCCGGGGAGCUGGCUUCCGAUGGGCUUAGACAACUGGCCGAGCAUGCCAACAGCAGCAAGUUAGAAGCUGAAAUACGGGAAAAGAUUGGUGAUGGCGUCCGAACAAUAAUCAAAGCAAAAGGUCACGGUUACAAAAAGAUGGAAAACCCAUCUCAUGCUUUCUUCCGAGCUGACAAAGUCAACCACUUGAUCACCACCGCCGUGGCGAUGUACCCGUCUCCCGACUGGUUCCUAGGAGUGACCAGGUUUGAGUUGUGCCAGGAAGAUAAUACCUGGCUUCAAGAAAAAGAACUGAAUUUGUAUCCGUGGGAUGCUGGGACUGAUAGCGGAGUGUCGUAUGAGUCCCCAAACAUAGAGACGUAUCCUCAAGAUUCCAUUGGAAGGGUCCAAAUGAGUUCAUAUGAUAAAAACUCACCAUUCUAUGGAAUCGAUAUGAAGGAUGUCCACCCAUUUGGAAGGAUCCGUAUUCAAUUAAUAAGAACGUUCCAACGAGAAUGUGAAGAAUCUUCAGAAGAAAAGGAAGAAGAAGAAGAAAAGCCUAAGGAACCCGACAGUGGGGAAGAGAAAACCGAUUCGGAUAGUCAAGAGCCCGACGAGCCCUCCAGUUCUAGCGAGAUACCUUUAGAUCAAGAUCCAGAUUCAACAGAGGAAUGUCCUAUGACGCAAUGGCUAGAGUGGAGCCCCUGCGAAGGCCUCUGCGAGGAUGGCACGCUCACAGGAUAUAAAUGGCGUGAACGCUACCAUCUAGUCGAUGGACUACCAAUCGAGAUGUAUGAUCCUAACGAAAAACAUCCAAGUAAGAAAGAAGUUCCAAUAUACUGCAAGACCCAUUUCGAAGACUUUGAGCGCAUGGAAUGCGAGGAACCGUGCACGGAAGAAGGAGAAAGGACUGAAGUCACUGCUGAACGUAGACGGAACAUGAUCAUUCCGGGCCACCCGUGGGGUUCGAGGAAACGAGAACUUUUUAACAAGAAGAACAUAAGAUCUUUAUUGUAAACUUCAUAUCAAUAUAAUUUGAACUACCUAUUAUUAUUAAGAAAAGUUAAAAUUAUAGAAAGAGCUCAUCGUCGACCAACCAACUACAUAUAAGUAAAUUCCUAAAGCUUUCAUUUUACCUAUGUUACUUAUACCUAAUAUCGUCAGAAUUAAUAUUUUAAGCUUAAGUAUAUUAAUUAGUAUUAUAUGAAAAAUAUUAAACAUUUUAAGUACCUACU